ACACAAAAGCAGGCUCCCAGGGAGCUAAGCUCAGUCUCCUCCAGGGAGCCAGCGAGAGUGCCACAAGCCUCCCUCGCCUUGCAAGACGGAGCCCGGCCAGCCUUUGCUUCCUUCCGAGGCACUCCAAGGGCAGGCGGCCGAGCCCUCCCUUUAGCAAGCGUAGUUUAGAGAGCUGCGACCCGACCCAGCCAUGCCGGAACACGCGCGGGUUACCCUGAGAUACGGGCCCUACAGGAGCUGCGGCAUAGUGGAACACAGGACCUUCCGCCUGCAAGGCUUGCAAGCUAUGUUGAAAGCAGAGGGACAUGAGGUAAUUCUCAAAGAAAUACCGGAUUGGAAUGAAGUACAACUCAUAGUGAAUGGGGAAACUGUAUUUCAGUGCAACAUUAAUGACCUGGAUUUUGGAGGUGAUGGCAAGUUGGACCCACUUUGCAAAGAAGCUUGUGAUGCAGUGUUAAAAGCCUACUGAUUAAGAUGUACUGAGUGAGAUGCAUCUUUUUACCUAAUUUAGAAUUGUACAAUAUACAGUAUUUCUGCUACUGUUCUUCAGUUUCUUCAGUGAGCCAUAUUUGGAGUGGAGAGCCAGUCUUGUGGUAGCAAGCAUGAAUUGUCCCCUUUGCUAAGCAGGAUUCACCUUGGGUUGCAUUUGGAUAGUUGACUUCAUAUAAGCACUGACUGUCUGCUAUAAGAUAUUCCCCUUGUGGGAUGGGGCCAUAGCUCAGUGCUAAGAGUAUCUGCUUGCAUGCAGAAGGUGCCAGAAGAUGCUCUCGGCAUCUCCAGAUAGCACUGGGAAAGCCUCCUGCCUGAAACCUUGGAGAGCUGCUGCCAGUCAGUGUAGACUAGGGAUGUGCUUGAAAUGUGAUUCAGCAUCUGAAUUGUGGGCACAUCCCAUUAAAACUGAGGGCUUACACAGCCCCUUUACCAUGGAGAAGAGCAGGUCCAUACCUGCUCCCCCACUGUUCACUGACACUUCUGUAAUGGCAGCACUCCCACAAGCUAUGACCAUGAACCAGCAGGAUGUUUCCCAGCGGAAGCCAUGUGCAUGCCGAUGUCGUGCAGCGGCAGCAUAGGGGAAGC